UGUGCACAUGUUAUAAGGUCAAGGUUUUUCAAGAACAUAUUACGUAUAGAUUCGGCGGUCGGUGACUCAAGAUUUCUUAUACGUGCCACAAAUACGAUAUAUUAUCGAUCAGUUAAAGUAUAUUUUACAUUAAAGUUGCAAAAAUUAUUGUUAAAAUCUCAGUGAAGAAACAAUAAUCCAGAACAUCUCGCUUAAAAAAAAAACAAACAUUUUAAGACAAAUUAUAUACCUAAAAGUGAAAUUUCGCUCCAUUCUACCCAAAUAAAAAAAUUGACAUAUCAGUGUAAAUUUUUUGUUGGUAUGGAGUGUUCUAAAUAUCUAUCUUGUAUUGAUAUUUUAAUUCUGAGAAAUUGGCUUUAGCGAUCGAUAAACUUACCUCCAUUGAUGUAAUUGUUACAAGUUGAUAUGGCAACGAAAAGUGGUACUUAUUCCGAUAUUCGAGUCGUCCCACUCUUCUAUGUAUGUACAAGAGAGUAACAAAAAUUAUAUAGUGAAAGAACAGAAAUCACAAAAGAAUCUGUUAAUAUUACUUUAAUGGUAUUAAUCGAAUAAUCCUUAACAAUGGCAAUGCGUGGCAAAAGCAAGAAAAAGGCCAGCGCGAAAACUAAUGGAAAGAACAAUGGAAAAAAUGCUAAAGGUAACAAUGACAACAAGAAUAAAGGAUCGAAAAAAUCAAGAAGAAGCGGUGGCAAAGCACGAUUUGCUAUGGACAUCUUUAAUGAGGAUGUAAUGGAAAAUGCCUAUUAUACGUGUCACAAUAUCAUGGAUGUGUUAAAAUGCCGAGGUUUUCCGUGGCCAGAAGCUCAGAAAAAAAAGGGAAAAAGAAAGAAAUAAAUAAAUAAAUAAUUGCACAAACAAAUACGCUGGAAAUAUAUGCUUUUACGGAAAAAAAAUUUUAACAUGAUAUAUAUAAAUAUAUAUAAAUACAUAUU